AUUAUUAACGUAAACGAAUACGACAUUUCCACACAUGACUUUUUACGUGAUCAUAAUUAAUUAUCGACAAUUUAUCAAUGCGAUGUAGUUAUUAUAAUAUUCAAGUACAGUAUGUAAGUAUCAUAAUUUUAUACACCUUCACGCGUAAAUCAAUGAAAACUAUUAAAUACAACAUAACAAAUUAUACGUUAAAAAAACAUAAUCAUGCAAAUAUGAAUACACACAAUAAAAGUGUAUCACGUAAAGCAGAAGAUAAUUCAUGAUCUCCUCGGUGUUAAAUGGUGCUGUGAUAGUAAAACUUCUGCCACAGUGAAAAGUACAAUCAUCAACUUCAGAAUCACUUUGUACAGUCACUGAAAAUGAAUCAGCUAUGCAAGAGGCCGUACCUUGUACUGUUCGUUAAAAUCGCUAUAUUACUCUCGGUGUAUAUGACGUAUCUAUUCUGCCUACCAUCAAAAAAUGAAACGAGUACUAUCGAUACGGAUUUACACAAAGCGAAGAACAAAGCUCUCCGUGAGGAACUCAAUGAGCUGUACAAGACCAAUGCUCAGCUGAACACUCGACUAAUGGAUUUGAACAACAGGCUUUCAAUCCAACAUGAAAAUAAGUCCAGUAGGAAUGCGUCUAACGCCCCGACAAAAGAAUAUGAACAUUUACGUCGUCGUAUAUUUUUGAACACUCAAGAGUUUUGGUAUCGCAUCUAUAAAACAUUUUCAUUCCAAAUGAGGAAAUCUAAUGAUAAUGUUAAAGAUCAGAUUUCCAAAAUGAUAAAUAUGUUCAGAGAACAUUAUACCGCGUUACUAAGAGAUGUUUCUAAUUUGGCCGAAGUCGAUGGUCAUUCGAAGUGGAGAAUACAAGAGUCCAGAGAACUGAGUGAUUUAGUUCAAAACGAUAUAAAACAAAGUCAAAAUCCACUCAAUUGUGAUAAUGCAAGAAAACUCGUUUGUCGAUUAUUCAAAUAUGAUUGUGGAUACAGUUGUCGACUACAUCAUGUUGUCGAAUGUUUAAUUUUCGCUUUUAUCACUAAAAGGACACUAUUUUUGAAUAAGUCGAACGGUUCGUUCUCUGAGAGAGAAUAUGAAAAUCUAUUCUUGCCAUUGAGCGACAAGUGCCGUUUAGAAGAUGGUUAUAAACUUUCCAUUUGCAGUGGUAAUUCAAGUGCUCGAGUAGUGUAUAUAAAUGCCUUAAAACUACACAAUAAAAAUAGUCCUUACCUGCCAUUUGAAAUUCCAGUAGAGUUGGCUCCAAGACUGAAUGUGUUGCACGGAGAUCCUGUUGUGUGGUGGGUGGGUCAGUUUCUCAAGUAUAUUUUCAGACCGCUGCCGAAUCUUAGUUAUGCAUUCGAAGAAUAUAAAAAUAGAGUGAAAUUCCAAAAGCCUAUUGUCGGAGUGCAAGUCCGGCGAACCGACAAAAUCAAUCGAGAAGCUUCGUUUCACGAACUCGAUGAAUACAUGUACCACGUCGAAGAGUACUACAAAAUCGAGGAAUUCAACGGCAAAGUGCACAAGAAACGGAUUUAUUUAGCUACUGACGAGCCGUCGGUGUUCUAUGAAGCUAAACUCAAGUAUCCGGAAUACGAAAUCAUCGGUGAUCCAGAGAUACCUAAAUCAGCGUCAGUCACCGACCGCGAAAAAGACAAUUCAAUUAUAAACAUCAACAUUGACAUAUAUUUUUUAUCUCUUUGCGACUACUUAGUGUGUACUUUUUCAUCGAACAUUUGUCGGAUGGCUUAUGAGAUAAUGAACAGUUUGCAUCCGGACGCUUCUCUCCGGUACACUUCGGUGGACGAAACAUAUAAUUACGGACAUAUGAUCCGUAGGAUAAAUUCAGUAGUAAUACGUCAUGAUGCUUAUGGAUUAGAAGAGAUUGGAAUAGAAGUGGGUGAUGACGUUUUUGAUUAUGAUAACUUGUGGAAUGGUUUUUCACGUGGCAUCAACUUAAGAACAAAUAUAACGGGCAUAUAUCCUACGUUCAAGGUUACUCGAAAAGUCGAAACAUCGAAUUUUAGCAAUCAUCCAUACAUGCAAAUUGAUCAGUGUAUAUUCAACGAUACUUAUUCCACGAAUUAAUAGUACAUAUGUUAAUUGUAAUAAAAUUACUAAUAAUAUUUCAAAAGAACAUAUUGUGAGUAUGAUAUUUCAUUAGAGAAAAUGACGCGAUGAUGUUAAUAACAAAUUUCUGUAACUUACUGCACUGGAAAUAAUUAUUAUAAUAACAAUACCAUUUUUACAGAAUAAAUCAGUCAAACCGUU